AUGCCAGACACGGAGGUGUCGAGCCCGGCGUCGUCUGGAGGCACGUCGUCCUCGCCGCCGCAGUCGCCAAAUGAGGCGGCGUCGAAGCGCAGCGCCAGCGGCGGAGGGAAGACGCGGCCGCGCGACGGCGGCGAGAAGCACCUGUCGUACCGCGGCGUGCGGAUGCGUGCGUGGGGGAAGUGGGUGUCGGAGAUCCGGGAGCCGCGCAAGAAGUCGCGCAUCUGGCUCGGCACGUUCCCGACGCCGGAGAUGGCGGCGCGCGCGCACGACGCCGCCGCGCUCGUCGUCAACGGACCCGCCGCCGUGCUCAACUUCCCGGAGAUGGCCGCCGCGCUCCCCCCGACCUCCGCCGCACCGCGAGACGUCCAGGCGGCGGCGGCGCGCGCAGCGGCCAUGGAGCCCUCCUCCCGGCUGGCAGCAGCUGGGUCCGCCGCCGUCGCAGCCCCCGCGGCGGGACAGCAGCAGGACGAGGAGCUCGAUGCGAUCGUCGAGCUCCCGCGGCUGGACGACGACGACGACGCUGAGUUCGUGGCGUUCGGUGAUACGUCGUUCGUGUUCCACGUUGCUGCGUAGGCGUCGUGGUGCGAUCCGAUGUGGAUCGACGAUGACACCGGCUACGUUCCGGCGGCGGCUGCGGCGCACGACGACCUGCGCGGGCUCGAUGGCGACCCCGGCUGGGCGCAACCGGUUGGUGCCCUGUGGAACUUGUAGUUGUAGCUGCUGCCUGCAGCCUGCUGGUCGGUUUGCUAAUCAGUCAACGAGUGUAUAAUUUCCAUUACAAAAACUAGUGUGUAAUUAGCUCUUGUUAAUCUCUCCAUUUCCUUU